CUACAGUAUGAGCAGUGUUGAGACAAGGGGAUGCCCUCUCCUAAGUGACAAAGAAUAUGAUGGAUAUUUUUUUUCUCACAAUGAUGUGUCGUGCGCUCUUUUCGACACAAGUCCAUAAUCCGCCUUGAACAUGGGAAAUUCGAUCUCUUAUACCACAACCGAGUGUCAAGUAGACCUUGAGACUGCUAGCGGCAGCAUCAAAGGUCUACAAUACGACUCUAAAUCUCGUAGGUUUGCUGGGGUUCCAUACGCUCAGCCGCCAGUCGGUCCACUGAGAUGGCGGAAACCCCAACCUUUACCCGAAAGUUACAGCUACUCAACAUCAGGCGGUAUUCCUUUCGACGCAACCAAAUUUGGCCCUGUUUGUCCUCAGGCCAAUUAUUCGAAAACUGUCAGCGAACAUAUACCAAAGCACACUUACGAUGAAGACUGCCUACGAUUGAACAUAUGGACUCCCGUGCCUAAACUUGAUCAUCCUCGCCAGAAAUGGCCCGUGAUGGUCUGGUUCCAUGGGGGAUGGUUUCAAGUGGGUGAUCCUAGCCAGGAAGAAAGCAUGAAUCCCACAGAGCUCCUCUCAACAGGCAAACUCCAAGCCGUUUUCAUUGCGGUCGGCUACAGACUCAACGCUUUCGGCUUCUUGGCCGGUAGUGCUCUUCUUGAAGAGUCCAAUGGUGAAGCGUGUGGCAACUACGGGCUAUGGGAUCAGCGCCUCGCUAUGGAUUGGGUACAUCAGAACGUUGAGGCUUUUGGUGGCGACCCAGAGAACAUUGUGUUGUCCGGUCGCAGUGCAGGUGCCUACUCGGUGCUUGCUCAGACCUUACAUGACUUCCGAGCCGAAAAACCGGUCGACCAUUUCCGACGUCUGCUCAUGAUAUCUAACGCCAUUCCGACUCAACCAAAGACGAUUGAGGAGUGUGAGCCACAAUUUGACGAGCUUUGCGAAUUCUUCAAUGUGCCAGCAUCGCUGAAUGGGGUUAAGAAGUUGAACUUUUUAAGAAGUAUUAGUGCAAAGGACCUCUGCUCUGCGGUCAUGGAACUCAAACACCAUACAUUCCGUCCUGUCACGGACAAUCUGUUUGUCCGUGAUGGUAUAUUUGAGUACUACCGUGAUGGUUCAUUUGCUCGGGAAUUCAAAAGACGCAACUUGAGACUUUUCAUUGGUGAGGUCCGAGAUGAGGAUACCCUCUAUGCGGUCACGAACGGCCCAGAUGCGAGCGUGGAGUCCCUUCAGCUCCAAAUCUCCAAUUACUAUCCACCUUCGACGACUACACGUCUCAUAGGUUAUUAUGGAUCGCCUGCUUCGGAAAGCAAACAAGACUGGCAGCGCUUGUUUGGCCAGAUCAUUGCCGAUGGUCAAGUGAGAGCUCCGUCACGCUAUCUAGUAAGUAACUUGCUAGAAAAUGAAGUCGAUAUCAACAAUGUGUGGCGAUACUUGAUCGCCUAUCGACUCUCCUUCAUUACAGACAAAGUUGCUCCCGUCUCGUUUGGUGUUAGUCAUGCUAUGGACAGGCCGAUAUGGAAUUAUUCAAUUAUGCACAACCCAAAUGCCCAGGAGAAACAGCUCAUGAAUGAUUGGAUUCGUGAUUUGAGAGCAUUUGUGCACAACGAAGAGGGCUACGAGUAUGGUACAUCUCAGGCAGAUGAUCUCAAGGUUAUGACCUCAGAAGGGCAGCUUGAGAUUCAGAAGGAUGCGCGGUGGCAAGAAUUGUUACAGGUAAUGCGGCUCUUCUCAGGUCAAUGA